UAUGAUAAGAACUGAGUUGGUUCAACGCCUUGCAGUUGUACUGUUUUGCUUGAGGAGCACGUACAUACUUUGUGCACCGAUAAUAAAGGUGGGGAAAGACAAUGUAACGAUAUCGACGCCAGGCCUGUUUGGCUGUGAGAAAAUUUCCUUCCAAAGUCCUUUCUCUGAUGGACAGCAAGUUAAGGUAUUCGCUUCAUUUGGACAUACUGUAAAAAGUCCAAAACAUCGGUUUGGUGCAGCAGUCUGGGUGGAGUCUGUUUCUACUGGUGGGUUCACAGUCUGCGUUUUGGAGUAUGGAGAAGGUUCAAAAGGUUUUGCUGAAGUGAACUGGAUUGCUUUGCAAUCUACACCUCUUGGAUCUCAGCUAGGAACUGUGGCGUUGGAUCCAUGGACUACCGGAACCGAGUGUAUUACUAUCAACUUUGAAAAGCGCUUUAAGACUACACCAAAUGUUUUAGUUUCCGCCAGCCAUGAAAUUCUGAAGAGACCACAAGAUGCUAUGGCUAUUUGGGUAAAAGACUUGAAUAAGGACAAUUUUAAAAUUUGUUUCAGAGAGACAAAGAUUCUUGAUGGAUUACACAAAGAUAUCCGAAUGAACUGGAUGGCGUUUAUAGCUCUUAAGGUUGGAAACUUCACUUUAACCAAAACUGUAAUGCUGAACAAUCCAAGCUCAAAAUUCCAUUACAGUAACCAUGCGUACUGUCAGAGUAUAAACUUCACCGAUCCGUUUUAUGCUCCCCCUGUUGUAGUAGUGACACCAAAGCAGGGUUAUAUCAAUAACCACUCGGACCCUCCUUUCUCUCAGUGCAGUGCCAUUACAGCUUGGGUAGAGUUCACCUCAAGGAAAGAUACGAAGGUGUGUUUAAGAAAAUACCAGAGCAAAGAGGAAAGUAACAGUGCCAUUUCAAUUGAUUAUGUUGUCGUAGGAGACUUGGAUCCGUGCCUGCACGUUACCUGCUAUUUCUAUGGCCUAUGUAAGGCCUUUGGACCGCAUGACGCCCGCUGCGUGUGCUUAGACCGCUGUCCGUCGUUCCACGAGCCUGUGUGUUCUUCUAAUGGUACAACGUACGGCAACGAGUGCUUGUUCAAACGAGAGACGUGUCUUUUGAGGCGUAAUUUUUCAGUGCAACAUCCAGGUCGUUGUGAAGUUUUUCCAUUCCAGCAUGGUCGCCAACACAUGCCUCACAUUCCAACACUGGGAUAUUCUCAUUGUGUAGUGAUCCAUCUGCAACCUUUCGUAUUCUAUCCUGACAAACCCAUUGAAGUUCAGAUCACUGUCAAUCACAUCGACACCAGUGACAAGUCGUAUGUACACGAUGCGGCAGUGUCAUGGGUUGAGAACACCAAUUACGAUAGAUUCACCGUUUGUGCCAUGGCAGCAGGUUUCAAUGAGCGAAAAUCGAACGCAAACGUCACAAUUGAUUGGGUGGCGUAUCAGGGAGCUCCAGUGGGUGGACUGGCAGGCGAAGAACGGGUAUCACAAUGGUGGACUGGAACGACUUGUGUAACGGUGAACUUUCCUUCAAAGAAAUUUCCUAGUGCACCCUCGGUAUUUGUAACUGCAAAGCACCAUCAUUCUGGACUGAAGCGUGACGCAGCUAGUAUCUGGAUCGAGGAUGUCACGCAAUCCUCUUGCAAAGUUUGCCUGAGGGAGCUCCAGAACUACGCAGGAUCC